AAGGAAGCCUUCUUCCAAACUCACAGACGGAGAAAGAAAGCGACGAAUAAGCUUUCCACAAUUCACAAAAAUGGCAACUCUUUCAUUUCCACUCCCCCGAAACGGUUUCUGUCUGCGAAACUCCUCUCCGAGACGCCACGUUUUCCCCAUUCCAGAACUCCACUCAUCCAUCAGAAUCACUUGCUCUGCUAGAUAUGGUUCCGAGUCCAAGGGAGGCUUAUUUCAAUUUAAGGAACUUAAAAGUGUAGCUUGUGGAAUUUUCGCGGUUUGGGCUGUGACUGCUGCCUCGCCUGUAAUUGCUGGUGGCCAGAGGCUGCCUCCAUUAUCAACAGAGGCCGAUCGGUGUGAGAAAGCAUUUGUUGGUAACACAAUAGGUCAGGCAAAUGGUGUUUAUGACAAGCCGAUUGACCUUCGAUUCUGUGAUUACACUAAUGAUGCAUCCAACCUAAAGGGUAAGUCUCUUGCAGCAGCACUUAUGUCAGAUGCUAAGUUUGAUGGAGCAGACAUGUCAGAAGUGGUGAUGUCAAAGGCUUAUGCUGUUGGAGCUAGCUUCAAGGGUGUAAAUUUCUCAAAUGCAGUUUUAGAUCGUGUUAAUUUUGGGAAAGCUAAUCUCCGAGGAGCUGUAUUCAAGAACGCUGUAUUAUCGGGAUCCACCUUUGAUGAAGCUCAAUUGGGAGAUGCAGUUUUUGAGGACACCAUUAUUGGUUAUAUUGAUCUUCAAAAGAUUUGCAGGAACAUAACUAUCAAUGCUGAAGGAAGAGCUGAACUAGGAUGCCGGUGACCACAUGUAAACUCAUCUUUACCCAUUUCUUUAUCAAUGGAGACUUAGGACGCUACUUAUGUCAUAUUGAGGAUUUUUGCAAUGGGUACCAUUAGAAAGACUAAAUGCUGCUGAGGAAUCAUGUGUUCAUCAUUUGCGUUUCUUAGUGUCUUGUACUUUUUCAUUGAUUUUGACUUGUAACUCGAGGAGGAAGCUCAACCUAUAUAUGGUUUGUGAUUGUGUU